AUGGCGGCGGCAAACCCCCCAAACGUCAUCCGAAGGAAACUUGUCAUUAUUGGUGACGGUGCUUGUGGCAAGACUAGUUUGCUAAGCGUGUUCACCCUCGGCUACUUUCCCACACAUUACAUCCCCACAGUUUUCGAGAACUACGUGACAGAUUGCAGAGUAGACGGCAAGUCGGUGCAGCUGGCACUAUGGGAUACCGCAGGACAGGAGGACUACGAGAGGCUUCGACCGUUGGCAUACAGCAAGGCGCAUGUCAUCCUGAUAGGCUUCUCAGUUGAUACUCCCGACUCCCUCGACAACGUCAGGCAUAAGUGGGUAGAAGAAGUGACGCGACUCUGCCCGGGUGUCCCCAUCAUUCUCGUCGGGUUAAAGAAAGAUCUGCGCGAAGACCCCGUGGCCAUCGAGGAGAUGCGGAAGAAGUCCCUGCGCUUCGUUACUUCGCAGGAGGGUGACACAGCCGCCAAGGAGAUUGGUGCCAGGAAGUACCUCGAGUGCUCCAGUCUGAGCGGCGAGGGUGUCGACGACGUGUUCGAGGCUGCUACACGCGCGGCCCUGCUCACGUUCGAGAAGGGCGAGGGUGGCGGCUGCUGUGUGAUCCUCUGA